AUGUACAACCCUUUCACGACCGAAGCAUGGAUCGAAUAUGCGGUUGGAAUGGUCAUCAUACUGUGUCGGAUCAUAGCGCGUUGUCGGCAGAUUGGAUUGAACUGGGAUGGAGAUGAUUACUUCGCCGUACUCUGUGCCCUCUUCUUUACCGCUGAGCUCGUUAUGCUAGAGCUCAUCGGUAGAUACGGUUCUAUUACAGGAAUGAGUAAUGAGAUCGCAUUGGAACUUACGCCUGAGCAAACCCAACGUAUCGUUGUGGGUAGCAAGUGCCUUCUUGCUGGAUGGAUACUUCUCAAUCUCCAGCAAAGAAACCUCGUCAAGAUCACUGGGGCUGUCUGCAUUGCAGCAUACAUUGCCACUAUCAUCGUAUACCUCACACACUGCCAUCCGAUCCAUCGGCUAUGGCAAGUAUAUCCAUAUCCUGAUGAUGACUGUGCCCUCAAUAUCUCCAAGUACUUGGCUUUGGUAGUCACGAACGUAACUACCGAUCUCAUGAUUCUUUUCAUCCCGAUGCCUCUGCUAUGGAGCGUCCGGCUGCCUUUGCAGAGGAAGCUGCUAUAUGGAUUUUGGCUCUGUACCGGAAUCUUCAUCAUGACUGCGACACUACUCCGUUGCAUUUUGUGUCUCCAAGACGUUUCCCAAAUCAACGUUGGUACCAUAUGGUCGAUCCGUGAGACGUUCGUCGGAAUUAUAGCUGUCAACGCACCCAUUCUCAAACCCUUCUUCACUCAGGCCAAGAAAGCUGUUUCAUCUGGCAAGCCGUCACACGAUAGUUCUGGCAACGCUCUCCCGGAUAGCCUCCGUUUGUCGCAUGUUGAGAGAAAGGGUAAAAAGAGAACGGUACAUGAGAUCACGAACAUGGAUACGACGAUGAACGAGAGCGAGGAGCACAUCAUCAGCCCGGUGGGUAGAGCUUGCAGUGACACCAGUUCAAGAGACGAGAGGGGCGAAGUGUGA